GCCGGCAGACGGCAGUAGUGUAGCACUAGCAAAUUGCAAACGCCAAUAUAACUUUUACGUGUUGUACAGUAUACACUCGUACAACAACAACUGCUCUGCCAUUGCCUAUUGUAGUUCACUAAAGCACCUACUUAUUACGAUUUAAUUUAAUUAAUAGUUUUUAUAAUAACACAUCGUAACUGCCUACAUCUGACUAAGGUUUACAUUGGUUUAAGCUUAAAUUUUUAUAAUUUUAUAAUACUUUUUACAACAUUGUAUUAAAUACAUUCAGUUAAAAAUGGGUAAACAAGAAAAUAUCUUUUUGUUUGUGCCAAAUUUAAUUGGAUAUGCCAGAAUAAUUCUAGCAGUCAUUUCAAUUUACUUUAUGCCAACCAAUUACAAAGUUGCUUGCAGUUGUUAUGUGAUAAGUGCAUUAUUGGAUGCUUUCGAUGGUCAUGCAGCUCGAGCAUUUAACCAAAGUACUAAAUUUGGGGCUAUACUAGAUCAACUAACUGAUCGUUGUGGAACAAUGAGCUUAUGUAUUGCAUUGUCUAAUUUUUAUCCAAAAUAUAUGUUUUUGUUCCAACUUAGCUGUAUCAUUGAUAUUGCUUGUCACUGGAUCUAUUUACACUCAUCAAUUUUGCAAGGUAAAACUAGCCAUAAGUUUGUAGAUAUGUCUGGAAAUCCGAUAAUGAAAUGGUAUUACACAUCAAAACCGGUACUGUUUUUCAUGUGUGCAGGAAAUGAAUUAUUUUUUGCAUCAUUAUAUCUGUGUCAUUUUAUUACAGGACCAAUGAUUGCAGGUCAUGGUUUAUUUAAGUUAUUAUGCUGGUUUUCAAGUCCAAUAAUGCUUGUUAAAACAUUAAUAUCAUUAAUUCAUUGUUAUGUGGCUAGUAUAAAUUUGUCUAUUAUUGAUAUGAACGAACGUCAAGUAAAACAAUAGAUUGUUAGUAUAUAUAACUAUAUAUAAUAAGAAAAAAAAUAUGAUAUAGUUUAAAUGAUAAUACACUAGUGUGUUAUAUUUUUAAGCAUUCCAUUAUCAUAAUACUACUCUAUUUAUUGGUUCCUUUUAUUGUAGCAGUUCAGAUAUGUACUUAUAAAUUACUAAAAUUAUUGGUUUCUAGUCAUUGUUUUAAAUGUAUUAAUAUUACAUUUAUAUAUUAUAAUUCUUUUGUAAUAGUAUAUAUCAGUUUAAUUUAACUUAUACUUACUUUUUUUCAAUUAUUACAUGUUUUACUUAAAGUGAUUUCCAUUAUUAAUAAAUUGUAGUUAAUAUUCUUUCUUGUUGUAAUUCAAAUAAAUAUAAUUUAAACAAAAA